AUGUUACUGUACUAUUUUGCGAGCGCCGUUAAGUCGAUACAGUUCCAUGUGGACGAUGAUAUCAUCGAUAAGCUCAACUACUACUAUACAACAGCCAUUAUUACCGUGUUUGCCAUACUCGUCUCAGCCAAGCAGUAUGUUGGAUUUCCAAUACAGUGCUGGGUACCGGCAACUUUUACCGAACCCAUGGAACAAUACACGGAAAAUUAUUGUUGGGUGCAGAAUACGUACUUUUUACCAUUACACGACUACAUACCGCAUAAUUAUGCGGAACGAGAAAAUCGACAAAUCGGGUAUUAUCAAUGGGUACCAUUUGUGUUAGCCUUGGAAGCAUUAUUAUUUUAUGUUCCAACGAUCGUUUGGAGGUUAUUAAGCUGGCAGUCAGGGAUUCAUGUGCAGUCACUCGUGCAGAUGGCUUGUGAUUCAAGACUACUGGAUUUGGAGUCGCGGAAUCGAGCACUGCAAACGAUUGCUACCAACGUUGAGGAAGCUUUACACGUCAAGCACCAAGUGGUAAAAUUAUCCAAAUUAUGGAAAAAUCCUCUGAGACCGCUCUUACUCGAAAGUAUCAUUACUACUUAUUACUGCUUUAACCGCCACCAGCAAGCCGCAUCAUCUUUUCCUGCUCGAUUCUUUUCACUUCUUUUUAACCCAGACGUUGCUUUCAAACUCAAUUCGGACCUUAGGGCCGCCUGA